UAUGUCCAAGUCAUCUCCAGUGUCUUCUUCAACCAAAUCCUCACACCGCAUCCUUCUUGGCAUGUACCAAUCCAUCCCGCCGUCCGAACCUGUGCCGCCGUUGGACCCUAAUGCAGCUCCCUCCACGAACGCUACUCCCGUGGCACCCGUGGACCUCCAGUACCAACUAUAUCAGCAGCAACAGCAGCAGCGCUAUCAAACCGCUCGUCAGCCGUCGGCUUCUUCAUUCUUUAAAGCACCUCCCACCGCGGCGGCAGGCCCUAAACAACCGCCCCGACCAACGCAUGUAGCGACUGCUGUCCCCGUCAAUAGUUCCAACCAAAGCCCAUACACGAGCCUCUUCACACGGACUCCGCAGUCCCAACCCCAGCAAUCUUCGACUCGUCCAAGUGCGUUUUCGCGGUACCUUGCGCGGCUGGGCCGGUCUCUUGCGCUUUUGGGUCUGUCGAUCUUCAGCGCGGUCUUCUCCGUCGGCACGUUGGGCUUGUUUAUGAUCCUCACGAGCUUCGCGUCGGGGUGGCUGUCCGUGCUCUUCACGACGUUCUUCGUGCUCAACCUACUCAUCUGCUUCAUCGGUCCGCUCACCAAGCUGGACGUGUACCUGUCCCACCAGCGCCAUCUCCUGCAGCAAGCCGUUUUGGCCGAAUCCGUCGACAUCUUUGGGGACUGCGGCUCGUAGGAACGUACGCUUGUUAUAUCACCGUUGCAUCUCCACUUGACCAUCAGCCCCAUCCCUCGACGAACCCCAUGAUGACCACCUGUAGCCAUACGCCAUACUAACAUCACAUGCAUGCUCUUCUUCCUGAACGAACCUUAGUUAGUUGCUUCUAACAGUUAAUAAGCUGGAACUAACAGUUCCAUUUUGUUAAGUUAAUGAUGGGCACAUCCCCCGUGGCUAUGCGAGUGGCCGUGGUGGUGGUCACUACUACUCCCGUGAUGGUGGUGGUCACUAAUUUGGUCACUAUCCAAAGGUUCCGUGACAUGGGUCACUUGAACCGUCAACUGGUGCACAUGCACGGCUUGGGCAAUGACGUGGCGGAUUCGAGUGACCGCUUCACCAACAUUCUCAAGAACCACGACAUGCAUUGUCACGACGAGGUUGCCAGCAUGAGACCACGCAUGCACUUGGUCGACAUGGUGGACAAACGGCAGUUGCGCGACGCGUUGCCGGGCGAGUUCGACGGCGGCGGCGGACGACGACGGAAUCCCUUGCAUGAGCUGGGCCAUUGUAUCUCGGAGCAGCGGCAGCGUGGACAGCACAAUCACGAUCGAAAUGAACCCCGAACAGAUUGGGUCCAUGAUAAACCAUCCAAACCAGUCGAUACACACCGACGACAGGAUCACUCCCACCGAUCCCAUCGUGUCGGCCAACACAUGCAGGUACACGCCUACAAGGUUGGCGUCUUUCGACAUACAUCCUCCAUCACUUCCAUCUCCAUGGGAAUGCCCAUGAGCCAAGUCGUGAAACCACACGAGCCCGACGCCAUUCAUGACGAGACCCCCCACAGACGUAAGCAAUAGGUGAUCUGUCGUGAUCGUAGGCGGGUCGAGCACUCGAUCGACGGCUUCCAGCAUGAAGUGAACGGCCAUGACCAGCAACAAGAGCGAGUUCACAAACCCACUUAGCACUUGAAUGCGAUCGAAUCCGUAUGGAAAGCGGGCCGUGCGCGGCCACGUCGCCGCCAAGGACGCGCCAAGGCCAAUCACGAGCGCGCCAUUAUCAAACAGCAUGUGGCCAGCAUCGCUUAAGAGUCCAAGGGAAUUCGUCAUGUACCCCACUGCAAACUCGACAAACAUGUACACAAUGUUGCCUGUGAGGAAGAGCAGGAUCUUUUGGGUUGCUGGUGCCAGGGCGUGCCACGUCACCAGGAUACAUGACGUGGCAGCUGAUGGUCGUAGUGCUGCUGCUGGCUUGUGCAAUGUCGACAAGUAAAGCCACCAUCCCCAUGCAAUCGACGACAGCGCAGUCCAUGACACGAUCGCGUGCACCACCAAAUGCCACGUAUUCGUCCCACCUGGCAACCACGAUGUCACUAAAGCCAGGGGAAACUGCACUGCCAAACGCACAGAUACAUUCCAAUGCGCUUGACGCGAGUCCAUAUCGUCGUCUUGGAAGGUCGUAGCUGGCAGCAACAUGGACAAUAUACCCACGACAAUCAAGCUGAUGAUGCUGCCGACGCCAUGAGAUUGCGGCUGCUCGAGUGGCGGAAGGUGAAUGCUUGGGGAGGGAAUGAGGCAGUGUGACGCCAACGCAGUGACCAUCGCUGCAGUGACAUACACCACCACAGUGUGGGUCAAAAUAGUGACAUUGGUCGUGGUUUGGCAAGGUUGAGACGGUUGGAGCGAGCGAUACAUGUGCUGGAGCGCAACGGACGCGGCAAAGAGCGACAUGUGGAAGAGCAGAGAUGGACCGGUGGAUGAUGAUGAAGAUGAUGUCGAGAUGAUGCACGGGAACACGAGGGCCAGGGCAUACCCGCCGGCGAUGGCCAUGAUGCCGUGAACGGGCGCGUGUGUCGAACGCAACGCUUUGGACAGGGGUUCCGCGAGGCAGUAGCUUGCAGACUCGACGAGAGAGGCAAACUGCAGGCCACAGAAGUGAAGCAUGCACAUGCGGAGAAGGAACAGGGUGGCGAGGAGGCCGCCUUGGAUUCCCGCACGCACGAGGUGGUGGUCGGUGGUGGAAGUAGGUACCGCCUUUCCCUUCAACGACGGCGAUGAUGGUGACGAUGAUGGCCGAAACGAAGACGAGGGAGACGAGAGGAGUACAGCCGCGAUCACACCCACGACACCAAACAUCCAUGGAAGGUUCCCCAUGGCCGUGGUAAGAUCGUCCGAAGUAAACGUGAUGCGCCCGAGCAGGUACAACCAAGUCAGCUGCGUUAGCGCCGACCCCGCGGCGAUCCAUGUGCUUUCUUCAGGCACAGGUGGGUGAUCGUGGAAGAGGACACUGUCGAACAUGGGAGCAAGUGCGGCUGUGUGGAAGUGAUGAUGCUUUGGUCGACGUGGUCUAUGGCUGUUGUCAGGGCUCCAACC